GCUCUGUGUUUGUUGUAACAAUUGUUUGAUUUGCUCAUGAGAGGUUGUGGGGAGGCUGUAAAGCAAAUAUCGGGUUCCUCAUCUCAUUAAACUGUUGCUGAACCCUAAAAUUCAGUGCUUUCAGUUCUUGGGCAUUCUAUCACCUGCUACUAAUACUACUGCUAGUAUCACUUGCUGCUUCUUUUAACUAAAUUUGUAGUUUUACAGUACUGUUAUCAGAGUCAUGUGCCCACUCUACAAUCUACAUAUAUUUGUUACCUUGCUCAAACAACCCGACCAUUAGAAGGUAGCUGUACGAACUACUUGUACCACUUGUCACCCAUCAUUACUGGGCAAUGGCAACUCUAAACGGAUGGGACGUGUUUGCGGUGGCGGCUUAUUUCAUUCUAGUUAUCGGAGUGGGUCUGUAUGCCAUGUGGGUUUCUAAACGAGGCAGUGUUAAAGGAUACUUCCUAGCUGGACGAUUCAUGACUUUCAUUCCAGUGGGAGCCUCUGUGUUUGCAAGUAACAUAGGCUCGGAACACUUCAUUGGUUUAGUUGGCUCAGGGGCAGCCUCUGGUCUGGGUGUAGGAGCGUUUGAACUUGAUGCUACAAUCCUCCUUCAAAUUCUAGGACAUGUCUUCAUUCCGGUUUACAUAGCAAGCAGAGUCAGUACACUUCCAGAGUAUAUGGAAAAGAGGUUCGGAGGAAAAAAGAGGAUCAAACUCUACCUCACCUUCCUUUCCAUUCUCCUCUACAUUUUCACUAAAAUAAGUGUAAAUCUGUACUCUGGAGGCUUGUUUAUUGAACGAGCACUGGACUGGAGCCUGUACGUAUCAGUGGUUGGGAUACUGCUGCUAACUGCUCUUACUACUAUUGGUGGAGGACUUACUGCUGUUAUCUAUACUGACACACUGCAAACAGUGAUCAUGUUAGCUGGAGCUUCCAUUGUGGCGGGAAAGAGUAUGGUCAAGAUUGGGGGCUGGAGUGGUCUUCAGGAGCAGUACAGAGCAGCAAUCCCGAAUGUAACCUACCCAGGUACUGAAUGUGGGUACCCGCGGAGUGACGCAUUUGUAAUGUUGCGCGACCCGGUGAAGGGCGAUAUUCCCUGGCCGGGUUUCAUAUUCGGGCAGUUCCCUUCCAGUACGUGGUACUGGUGCGCUGAUCAGAUGAUGGUACAAAGAGUCCUGUCUGCUAAGUCACUCUCUCAUGCCCAGGGGGCGCUAGUUCUUGCAGGCUACCUCAAGCUGUUACCAGUAUUCCUGAUGGUUGUACCUGGUAUGGUAGCUAGAGCCCUCUUCCCUGACACUAUCGGAUGCGCUACAGAGGAAGCGUGCAUGAAUUUCUGUCAAAGCAAGGCUGGUUGUUCCAACCUUGCUUACCCGGAACUGGUGAUGAAUCUCAUGCCAACUGGUCUCAGAGGAAUUAUGAUAGCUGUUAUGUUAGCUGCACUCAUGUCAGAUCUUACUUCCAUUUUCAACUCUGCCAGUACACUUUUCACUAUGGACGUUUGGCCACUGAUAAGAAAGAACGCUAAGACCAGGGAGUUACUUCUAGUUGGCAGAUUGUUUGUGGUGUUCUUGACAGUUGUGUCCAUUGUGUGGAUCCCUCUUGUGCAGGUAUUACAAGGAGGACAGUUGUUUGUGUACAUUCAGUCAAUCUCAGCAUAUCUUGCACCACCUAUUGCUGCCGUGUACUUCCUUGCAAUCACAUGCACAUGGACGAAUGAGAAAGGUGCAUUCUUUGGUUUAUGUGCCGGUACUUUGGUUGGUAUUGUUCGCAUGCUCAUGGAGUUCUCUUACUCGGCACCGCGAUGUGGAUUAGACGAUACUCGACCUAUAAUAGUGAAGGUCCACUACAUGUAUUAUGCUAUCAUAGUGUUCUGGACAACAAUAAUAACAACAGUAACAACAAGUUACUUCACUGAGCGGCCUGAUCCAGAAUGUUUGAUCAACACCACUAUUUGGACCAAGAGAAUGACGAGUAAAAAGGUGGCUCCUGAUAUUAUUGAGGCAAAUACAUUGGAAGGAAUAAAGAACGGAAAGGCUGAUUCUGACAGUAAUAAAUCUCUCCAAGAUGAUGAAGCUCCUGUUUUUGUCAAGGCUUACAACUGGUUUUGUGGAUUCAGCAAUCUAGAGGAACCAGAGAAGGAAGCAGCAGAUGUGAUUAAAAGUGUGUACCAAAGCACAAGGAUGAAAUACGUGACUAGAAUUAAUUCAGCCAUCAUCAUUUCAUUUGGAAUAUCUCUUUACAUACUAUUUUCUUGUGGCAAAGAUCUAUAAUGCAUAUGGAAACUUAAUUGAGAUUAAGAAUUAUAUUAUAACUUUAUUUUAGAAUUGUACAAUACCUGAUUAGUGUUUACAUUAAAGAAACUAUAUUCUAAUUCUUGGCAUGAAAAUUAUUUUAGAUAUUAUUAUACCUUAGAUGCAAAACUAUAUUCAUGAUAAUUUCUCUCUAAUACUUUAUUUCGGAGUGUAUGACAGACUAUUGUAUUGCAAUUCAUGAACAUUUAGAUAAUAAUGUAUAACAUGGAUGCUAACAUUUACAUUUUGUGUCGAUUAAGCAGCUUAUUCGCAUGAGUGAUAUCAAUAUACAGUACAAAACCAAAAUACAGUGCACAUUGCACAGGUUCCUAGCAAUACAUUGUUAAUUAUAAUAUAACACAUAUUAAGAAUUUUUAAUUAUCUUUAAGCUUAUCACACGAAUAGUUAAAUGAGAAUAAUACCUAUUACUAAAACCAGAUAUGAAGCAAGUACCUUAGAAGCACAGAGCGCGAUAGAAUAGGGAUUAAACAGGAAAAUAAGUAGACUGUAAUAUCCGGUUUUCUCAUUUAGUUUCAUCUUGAGCUUCUCAAAAGUUGAAUGGCAUUCUUCAUUGUCUUCCUGAUCCACCAUAUUUUUGUGUAUUCUGUCUAUACUUAUUUUGAGGAGCUGAAAAUA